UUUAUACGUUGAAAACAGUCAAAGGGUUAAGUUUACUGCCACGAGUCCUUCCUACCCUCCCUCCAACCCCUGCAACUGGCAGCCAGCCCUCCCACCACUGUGUGGUGAGUGUUUUGUUUGUUCAUUAUUUGCUAUUAAACUACAGUAUAAAUUAUGUAAACCCAUCCAUGACUGCAUAUUAGAAUGGCUAUUUGGACAGGUAUUGGAAGGUGCCAUCAUGUGUUUACUCUUGAACACAGCAAAGAAUCAAACAUUUCUGCUACUGCUAAUAAUAAUAAUAAUAAUAAUAAUAAUAAUAAUAAUAAAUACGAUAGAAUUGAAGAAGGAAAUUGUACAAAAAUACGAGGGCUGAAGCAGUGGUGGAGGAAGUGGUUGACGCAUCGUCAGUGUGGCUUUGUUUAUGCUGGAGUGAGUAUUAGUCUCCGCGCUCUUCCAAACAUUUCACAAUAAUUCAUUGUAUUUGGUGCUUGUAGAUUGAGUGUGACUGGAGUGGUUGAGGCAGUUAAAGAGGCAGUGGGUGAGGCAGUGGUAGAGGCAGUGGGUGAGGCAGCAGUUGAGGCAGUGGUAGAUGCAGUGGUAAAGGCAGUGGGUGAGGCAGUGGUAGAGGCAGUGAUAGAGGCAAUGGGUGAGGCAGCAGUUGAGGCAGUGGUAGAGGCAGUGGUAAAGGCAGUGGGUGAGGCAGCAGUUGAGGCAGUGGUAGAGGCAGUGGGUGAAACAGUGGUAGAGGCAGUGAUAUUUACUAACAUAUACAGUGGUCCCCCGCUUUUCGUAGUUCCCGGCAAUCGUAAAAUUCGCCAAUCAUAGAGGUAUUUUCGUAUAAACAUGGACUCGCUUUUCAUAGGUUGACUCGCGAGUCGUAGUUCGUCUGGGACACGUACCCACGGCGUGAGCCAGGGCGGCAGCCAGUUUGGCAUUGUUUACCAGUGAGCGAAGGUCCCCUCACGUGCUCCAGCGAAAUAUUUCAUAAUAUUCCAUUUAUUUUAGUGCUUGCAAGUACUAAAUAAGCUACCAUGGCUCCAAAGAAAGCUCCUAGUGCCAAGCCUGUGGUAAAGAAGGUGAGAAAUACGAUUGAAUUUAAGAAAACCAUCAUUGAACAAUAUGAAAGUGGUACAAGUGUGGCCGAACUGUCCAGGAUGUAUAAGAAACCCUACACAACCUUAUGUUCCAUAGUGGCCAAGAAAAAUGAAAUAAAGGAUGCUGUUGUUGCAAAGGGAGUAACUAUGCUGACAAAAAUGAGAUCACCAGUACUGGAAGAAGUUGAGAAGUUAUUAUUGGUGUGGAUAAAUGAGAAACAAUUAGCAGGAGAUACUCUCAUGACUUCGUUUAUUUGUGAAAAGGCUAGGCAGUUGCAUGACGAUUUGGUAAAGAAAUUGCCUGCAAAUAGUGGUGAAGUGAGUGAAUUUAAGGCCAGCAAAGGCUGGUUUGAGAGAUUUAAGAACCGUACUGGCAUACACAGUGUGGUAAGGCAUGGUGAGGCUGCCAGUUCGGACCACAAGGCGGCUGAAAAAUAUGUGCAUGAAUUCCAGGAGUACAUAGAGUCUGAAGGACUGAAACCUGAACAAGUGUUCAAUUGUGACGAAACAGGCCUCUUUUGGAAGAAAAUGCCUAAGAGGACCUUCAUUACACAAGAGGAAAAGGCAAUGCCAGGACACAAGCCUAUGAAAGAGAGGCUGACGCUAAUGUUCUGUGCUAAUGCUAGUGGGGAUUUCAAAGUGAAGCCAUUACUAGUGUACCAUUCUGAAAAUCCCAGAGUGUUGAGGAAAAACAAUGUUAUGAAGAGUAAAUUGUAUGUGUUUUGGAAAUCUAAUAGUAAGGCAUGGGUCACGAGGGAAAUUUUCGUCGAGUGGUUCAAUGAAGUGUUUGGCCCUAGUGUGAAGGAGUAUCUCCUGGAAAAGAAAUUGGAUCUCAAGUGCCUGCUAGUAAUGGACAGUGCACCUGCUCAUCCUCCAAACUUGGAUGACCUAAUUUUCGAGGAGUUUGGGUUCAUCACAGUAAAGUUCUUGCCCCCGAAUACCACUCCUCUCCUCCAACCCAUGGACCAGCAGGUUAUUGCAAACUUUAAAAAACUCUACACAAAAGCAAUCUUUCACAGGUGCUUGACUGUGACCACAGACACUCACUUGACCCUAAGGGAAUUUUGGAGAGAACACUUCAGCAUCCUCCACUGCAUAACCCUUAUAGGUAUGGCUUGGGAGGGAGUGACUACCAGGACUUUGAACUCUGCCUAUAGAAAAUUGUGGCUAGAUUGUGUCGACAAGAGGGAUUUUGAAGGAUUUGGGUCUGACCCUAAUGAGCCUAUGUCUGUUGUAAAAUCAAUUGUGGCACUGGAGAGUUCCAUGGGGUUGGAUGUGAGUUUGGAGGAUGUGGAAGAAUUGGUGGAAGACCACAAUGAAGAGCUCACCACUGAGGAGCUGCAAGAGCUUCAGCAGGAAGAGCAACACAUCGCAGCUCAGAAUCUUGCUGCAGAGGAGGAGGAAGAGAGUUGGAAGAAGGUGCCUUCUUCAGAAAUUAAAGAGAUUUUUACUGUGGGGUAAGAUGGAAAGCUUUAUGGAGAAACAUCACCCUAACAAGGUUGUUGCAAGCCAGGUUGGCAACAUGUACAGUGACAAAGUCUUGGGCCGUUUUAGGGAAGUGUUAAAGAGACGCCAGAAACAGAGCUCUCUCCACGGUUAUUUUGUGAGACAGGACUCCAGUGACUCAAGGUGGUCCUAGUGGCAUUAAGAAACAGAGAAGAGAAGCAACCCCAGAAAAGCAAAUAGUACCAAGGUGUUGAUGGAAGGGGAUUCCCCUUCCAAACUAUAAACAAUCCACUCUCUCUCCUCCUCCAGUCUCCCAUACACUAAGAAGAAUCUCCAAUAAAGGUAAGUGUUAUGCUGUUAAUGUUUCAUUCAUCAUUUCCCAUUGUAUUGUUUAUGUACUACAUGUAUAUUUCAUGUUAAAAAAUUUUUUGUUUUAAUACUUCUGGGUGUCAGGAACGGAUUAAUUGUAUUUACAUUAUUUCUUAUGGGGAAAAUUGAUUCGUAAAUCGUAAAUUUUGUUUAUAGUAACGGCUCUAGGAACGGAUUAAUUACGAACAACGAGGGACCACUGUAUAAUAAAAAUACGUAUAAUAAUAAUAGUAUAAUAAUAUAAUACGUAUAAUAAUAAUACAUAUAUAAUAAUAAUGUACUACAUAAUAAUAAUUAUAAUAAUAGAGAACUUCAAAAGGUCAUCAGUAGAUGGCAGUGUUUACCACAACAAAGAGGGAGUGGUUGUAGCUGCCUCCACUUGUUACAUAAUGAUAUAUUUUAUGCAUUCUGGAGUAUAUAUCAGGUUUCUAUGUUAUUUAUAUUGUUUAUUAUUUCAUAUUAGAUGAACUGUGAUAGAUAAGUAAGCCAUAGAGUUGAUGAUAGCGAAAUAUUCAAGGAGUAUUUUGUCCUGUCUCCAGACAAACUCUCGUUGGCCGCCGACGCUGUCACAUAUAUAAUGAUAUAUUUAAUUCAUUCUAGAGUAUAUAUCAGGUUUCUAUGUGAUUUAUAUUGUUUGUUAUAUCAUAUUAGAUGAACUGUGAUAGAUAAAUAAGCCGUAGAGUUCAUACUAGCAAAAUUAUUGAAGUACAGAAUUCCACUGGAAUGGAUUAAUUGCAUUUCAGUUAAUUUAAAAGAGGAAAAUUGACUUUGCAAACGAGCAAAUCCAGUUGCGAGCAAGGUCAUGGAACGGAUUAAACUCGCAAGUAGAGGUUCCACUGUACAUAUACUGUAAUUGUUAUUAUUGUUAAUUUAAUGUUCUUUAUUUUUUUAUUGAAAUUAUACUGAUUGCAUCCUUUAGAAAUGCAGUGGUACCCUGACUUACGAGUUUAAUUCGUUCCAUGACCGAUCUCGUAACUCAGUUUGCUCAUAUAUCAAAUCAAUUUUCAUCACUGAAAUUAAUUGAAAUACCAUUAAUCCAUUCCAGCCCCCCAAAAACCACCCAAAUUUUAUUUGUUGUAGGUUUUUAAAUAAGAGAAAUUUAUUUGUAAAUAAAUUAUUUUUGCCUUUUUUUCCAGGUCCCAGCAAUGUUUUGGAAAUGCUGGAGUAUAUAUGAAAUGCCUUGAAGCACGGUGUAAGAUGAGUGUCACUUCAUUGCUGACAGUGCAGCAGUGGAGUGACAUUUGAUGAUCAUGCACUUCCUUGGCUUUAUUUUUUCACUAUUACACAUAAACAUGUUGGUUGUUUCUGUCUAUAUGUUUGUUUCUAUCAGUUUGUCUGUCUGUCUGUCUAGCUCUGUCUAUGUUUAUCUCUGUCUCUGCUUAUCUGUCUUUCUGUCUUCCUGUCUCUCUACUUGUGUCUCUGUCUCAGAGAGAGAGCCACUCAUGAACCAACAGGUAUUACACACGAUGCAGUCGUCACAUCUGAUUCCUGAACAAGUGAAAAUGUGUAUUACUUGCCAGUCAUGCUUAUUAUGCCUUAUACAUGUAUCUACAAGCAUAGUAUAGCACUUUGUCUGGAUUUUUUUUAGGUUAUCCUAGGUAAUUUACAGUAUGUAUAACUGUAUUUAUGUGUACCUGUGAGACAGAUACAGAGAUGGAUAUAGAUACAGACAGACAGAAAGAAAUAGACAGCCAGAGCAAAUCAGCCAGCCAGCCUACCGAACACAUUUUACACAUGUUCCAGAAUUGUUUCUCUUUACUUAGGGCAUAUAUUAUAGAACAUUCUGGCAGGGUGACAUUACCAGUGGAACAAAAUUGAAAGAAUGUUACACAUUGGUUAUUAUCGAGGUUUUUUAUAUUUCCUUGGUAUCUCCUGCUAGUGGCGGCGCGUCUGAAGCUCGCUCAUAACUCGGAUUUUGGCUCGCAACUCAGAGCAAAAAAUCUACCAAGUAACGGCUCGUAACUCGGAAAACUCGACAGCCUCCUAUGGGAAGAGCAGUGCGAGGUGAAGGGAUUCUGAACACAAGUGUAUCUUAUUACCUUCCAUAUGGGAUAUUAAUACAGGAUCCUAAUCCUGAGGAAGAGUGUUUACAGGCACAAGUAGAGGUAAAUGAUCUAAUUCUGUUCUAACUACCAGUCAUAGGUAUCAUCAUUAUUAUUACCAUGCUCUCACCAGUGCUAUGCACUCUAAGAGAAUAAUACUUUCUAUAAAGAGUAAGUAAACAGGAAAGGGAUUAAGAAUGAAAGUUUACCCUUUCACUGUCGUAUAGAUCCACGUCAUUGACACCAGUGCCGCUCACGUAGAUCAAAGUUUUAAGCACAGCUUUCUCAACUGUGUUCUGACAUACUGGUGAAUAGAGAUGAUUUUGUCAGUUUCAUACUGGAAGUAGCAUGAAAAAGGGCUUAAAGUAGUGUAAGUAUUUGAGUUAUGGCAAUCUUUCCUGUGGAAGGGUAGAGCCCUUAAUCCCCCCUCCCCCAUCUUGUUUUAUUGGAGUGUACUAGGUCUGCUUUAGUUAUUGGGACAGUCUAAAUCAGGAGCCCAAGAUUGUUUAACUCCCUCUCAGCAUAUAUAAGGGGGAUAACUAGUAGAUCCUGGCUGCCUUCAAAAGGGAGCUGGACAGGCACCUAAGGUCAAUACCUGACCAGCCGGGCUGUGGUUCGUACAUCGAUUUGCAUGCGGCCAGCAGUAACAGCCUGGUUGAUCAGGCCCUGAUCCACUGCAAUGCCUGGUAAUGAACUGGGCCAUGAGGGUGUUGACCCCUGGAACACCCUGUAGGUAUAAAAUAUUAA